GAAGAAAGUGACAUCAUCAUCAGCCAGCGCAAAAUACCCUUUGACGAGCGCAGAAAUCCAGCAUACUUUAGAAACACCACACAACACAAAAAUCAAAACACACCAUGAAGCUUCCCGGAGUGUCUUCAUCUGAUCAGUUCCAGCUUGCGGCGCCCAACACUCUUCUUAGUGGGAGCAACCGCCGUUCUUCAGUUUGCAGUGUUGGUAGUAGUAGCAGUAACUCGGGGAUGCAUGAAGAGACGAGUGGCAAGGACGGAAAGGAGUUGCGUAUACCGGCAAGUCUCCUAAAGUUGAGAGAAGGCAGCCGCCAACAAUCCAACGCGGAUGACGCCAACCCAACAGAGGACGAUGUUGGUGAGAGCAAUCCGAAACGAAGUUCUGGCGUCUUCAAAAUGCCCCUGCCAAGCAUCAAUAUCAAUCCUUUGUCCCUCAUGAACUUUAGCAAUCAUGGAACUACGAGCAAGCAAUCAUCAAGUGAAGAGGAAAUGUUGAAUCAGUUUUUCCACGGCGGCAAUGAUGACGAUUCCGUCGUUUCAGAUUUUGGCGGGGAACAGAAAGAUGAUAACAGUGAACAGGAAGAUGACGAAUCCCUGAAACAAGACGAUCCCUUGAAACAAGAGGACGAAACAAUCACGACCACGGAGCCUCGGGAAUUUACGCUACAGCGACGACAUAGCCGACGCGCAUCACGUAGGAGUCGGCGAAAUAGCAGCAACAAAUUGUUGGCGCAAGGAACGGAUGACUUGGUCAACGAAGUCAAACAAGCUAUUAGUAAUAGUAAGGAAGACAGACAAGCCAAACGAGAAUCCGUUCGACGGUCCUGCAGCGCCCGAAGGCGAGCCUCAAGGAGAACCGCUAUCGACGACAACGCAGAAACCACUGAUCACCGAGGCAAGCAAAAUGAUGAGGAAAGUAAUAAUGCCGGGCCUCAGAUACGGCGCAAUCAGAGUACAGGAAAUAUAAGGCUAAGAGAGCUCAGGCUGAAUGGUGGGCCACCCCUCGAGAGGAAUUCAAGUGGAGGUAGUCUAAAGAGACGGGAGCUUCGGAAGAGUGGACCCGGUAGGAGCUGCGUUUCCCCUAAGCGAAGGGGCUCUCGAAGAAUUCCCGAAAGAGAAAGCACUGGCGCCCUAGACGAUGACGAGGGUUCUACUAGGUCGGACUGCAAGGUACAAACUCAAUCCGGUGAGGAAGAACCAUGUAUGAGGAAGGUUCGAAGCAUCAAGAAGCCUCUUUCAAAGGUGCCACGCCAAUCAUCAAAUCCGGACGAAAACCGAACUCGAGCCAUGUCGCUCAUCCACAAAGCAUCUAGUAGUAUUGGUGCCUAUGAAACACAGCUGAAGCACUCAUCGAGCUACAACAGAUUGAAGGGCGCGGGAGCCAAGACCGGGAAGCAAAGAGGCGUCUUAAGACGGAACCAUUCGGCACAUGCAAAAAUUGCCCUGGGCUACCAUCAAAAAUCAUCGGCAGCACCACGAGCUGCUAACGCCGAGUUUCAAAUGCUGAAACGCCAGGGCAGGCGAAAGAGUGAUCUUUUGAACGUUGAUACCAAUGAUCUUAUGCAGCUGUUGGGACCUCUCAAGACAGGCCUUCAUAAGGAGGUUGGAAAAGCUGAGGAAUCUGAAGAUGACGAUGACUGCUUCUUGCCCGGGCAACCUAUAACUCCUUUCCGCUCAUGCAGCAACAGCCACAGUUCCACCCAAAGCCCAGAUGUAGCACGUGAAUGUGAAGUUCAAGACGCGGAACAAACGCACUACGAAGAGGCUUUCAACUUGGCGGAAACUGUGCCUCGCUCGGUUGCUGUACUUCAGAAGGACCCGAUUCAGACCAGUGAGCGCACACCAAAUACGCAAGAUUCGUCAUCUCAACUGCCAGAAGUAGACACCCUUGACGACGAUGCAACCCCUGUGAUGACUCCUGAGCAAAUGGCAAUCUGGAAGUGUUCAUGUGGAGAAAUCAAUGAAAAGAUUUACAGGUUCUGUGGGAUUUGUCGUGAACCUCAGAUGUGGACAUGCUCCGUGUGCAAGUUUGAGCACAACAAGUGCAGGUUCCAAUACUGUGGCUCGUGUGCAAGUCCCAGGAUGGCACAAGGUACCGGUAGUUAAAUUGACAACCAGGGGGCUCUCCCUGUUGUAGCAGCCAAAGCUCAUGUUGAACGAAAGAAUGCCUGCAGCUGUCACAUUCACUGGUAAAGAAUAAUAACUAAAAGCUAUUGGAAGCU